AUGGUCACGGCUGGGCUGUUCAUCCUCACCCUGGGAGGCUCCAUCCUGCUCCCAGCACUGGCCCCAGCAGUGACCCAGGGGAGCCGGAUCAUCGGAGGAAAGGUGGUGGCACCCCACUCCCGGCCCUUCAUCGCCUCCAUCCAGAUGGACGGGCAGCACGUCUGCGGGGGCUUCCUGGUGUGGCCCAAGUGGGUGAUGACAGCAGCCCACUGCCUCAUUCCCAGGACAUGGCGCGGCCCCCUUCAAACAGAUCCCAUCCCAGGGGGCUACACGCUGAACAGAUCGGCCACGCUGAACAAGUACGUGAAGCGGAUCCGCCUGCCCUCGCCGUACAUUGACCUGAAGCCCGGCACCGUCUGCUACGUGAUGGGCUGGGGGGACAUCUCCAACUACAGCGACCGGCCCACCGAGCUGAUGGAGACCGUCACCACCAUCGUCAAGCGGGGCAUCUGCCGAACGCUGUGGAGGGGCAAGGUCUCGGCCAACAUGCUGUGCGGGGCCAGCCGCAACACCACGCUGCAGGGCGUGUGCGCGGGCGACUCCGGGGGACCCCUGACCUUCAAGGGAAAGGUUUAUGGCAUCGUCUCAUUCUCUGGGGAGAGAUGUGGGGACCGCCGGUACCCUGACAUCUACACCAAGAUCUCCAACUACAUCGACUGGAGAGCAGCCUCGGCCGGGCUGGAAAAAACCCACCACCAAGUUGAAGCAGAUGCAAACUGGGAGCGGGGCCGAGCUCCUCACCUGCUGCCGGGGGCUCUCCCACCCCAGGUGCCCCUGCGUCCCUCUGCCCACGCCUGCCUCAACCCCCGGUGA